CAAUUUAGAAUAAGACAAGUUAUCCGUUUUCUUAGUUAGCAGAUUAACAAGCUCCGCCAUAAGUAACGUGUUUAUUGUUCUUAAAUCAUCAUUCCCCAAUAAUUUGAAGACGCACAUGUCUUGCACAGACUGGUAGAAAAGUUUCGAUGACCGACUAAAAUAUGGGUGUUGUUCCUAUCAAUCAAUAAAAAAGAAGAAAAUGAACCCUGACUACGUACCAAAGUCGAUCAACUCUCCAAAUCCACCCCAUGAUUCUGCCAACAACAUCUUCACAUGUCUUUGUUUGUAGUGAAUACAUUAAAAAUUUCAACUCCGUUAUUGUUGUUGGUCCUACCACAGUACCAUUUACACACUCACGGGUUCCUUCUAUUCCAUGCUCACUAUAAAAUAUUGUUGCCCUUCCAGUUCCCACUACCAAUCAUCAUACAAUUACAAAUGCUUUAAUUUUUAGAACCUUCACUAUUCUCAUGGAUCAAUUUCCUAUUCUCCUUCUUCUUUUUGUUACAUCUCUCUUCAGUUGCCCAUUUGUGCUCAUUGCUCAAUCUCCAAGUCCAAUUAUCUCUCACAUCAGUGUGGUGGGAGCUGUUUAUUGUGAUACCUGCUCCACCAGCACUUUCUCUAAACAGAGCUACUUCUUGCAAGGUGUUGAGGUUCACAUACAGUGCAGAUUUAGAGCAACCUCACCAAAAACUAGCGAGCAGAUAAGCUUCUCAGUGAACAGAACCACAGACCAAUAUGGAGUGUACAAGUUGGACAUACCAUCGGUGGAUGGAGUUAACUGCAUGGAUGGUUCAACAAUUGUGUCACUCUGCCAAGCAACUUUGAUAAGUAGCUCCACUUCCACUUGCAAUGUUCCCUUUCUCAAGAGCACAACACGUCAGAUAUCAGUCAAAUCAAAACAAGAUAACCUGUGUGUAUACACCUUGAGUGGCCUCAGUUACAAGCCACCUCAAAAGAACACUACCUUGUGUGGACAUGAUCAGCAAUUGCAAUUACCAAAUUCUCUCAACUCCUCAAAAUGCUACUUCCCUUGGCCUCAGCUACCAUUCCCUCCUUUGCAAUCAAUGCCACCAAUACCAUCUCUGCCUUUCCCUUUCCCACAAUAUCCUCCAAUCCCAUCAACUUGGCUACCUCCUAUCCCUUCCCUUUCUCAUCCUCCACCCUCCACUUGGAUCCCUCAUAUUCCGCCUAAUAUACCACAAUCACAACACCAAACUCCCUAGAAUUUCCAACUCUUUAUUUAUUUAUUUAUUUAUUUUCUUGUAUGGAAGCAUGUGAUUGAGCGGUGAAGAACACAGUAUAGAAACUAGAAACUACUCCGUAUAGUGCAAUUCAGCAAAUUCAACUUUAUUGCUUGCUUGAUCACGUCACGUGUAUGCUUUGCUCCUGACUCAAAAGGAAAGCAGCUCACAGCGAGAAUAAUAAUAUGUCGAGUGAUCACAAAAAGGGAUCAUAGGAUUUUACUUCAACCAAGACAUGUUGGUUGGUAGUACAUAACUUGAUGUCCAACUUUGUUUAAUUUAUUUAAAGCAGAAUAUCAUGCUUAAUUCUUCUAAAUUGAAGGUGUUUGUAAUUUUCUAGGUAUCUGUUUGAUUGUACAUCAAAAUGUUAUUGUUAGUACUUUUUUUGCAUCA